AAGCCAAGCACUUCCUGAGUGACGCGAGCACAUCCUUGUGUGCUUGGUGGGGACGCGACGGCUCGGAUCGGCGCACCCGGCUCUGUCAACUCGGACGAGGAGGAGGAGGAGGAGGCGGCGGAGGGGGGGCGACAGAGGAGGAGGAGGAAAAGUUUCGAGGCAGCGCAGCAGAGGCAGCAGCGGGCGGCAGGACGCAGACACGGAGGGCUCGUCACGGCAGCCCCUUCGCCAUGAGGGUCAAGAUUGGCUUCCUCCUGCGCAGCCUGCUCGUCGUGGGCACCUUCCUGGGGUUGCUGGUGCUCUGGUCAUCGCUGGCUCCCAAAGACUCCGACGGGAAGCCCUACGUCAAGAUGGAGGGAAGAGACACCAAUGACCUCCUGCCCAACGCCAAAGACACCCUGCUGGACAAGCUCAAGCCGGUGAUUCCGUGGCCUCAAGUUGAAGGCGUUGAAGUCGACCUCGAGUCCAUCCGGCUGAAGAACGAUGAGAAGAACCGUGCCGCCCCACCGCUGAAGGCGGACCCCGUCGACCAGCGGGACAUCAUGCAGAAGCAGUACCUCACGUUCAAGGUCCAGAAGCACAAGUACCCAGACCCCGUGUUGAAACCCGGCCAGCUGGGGAACUUUGAGUUAAAGGAACCUGAGCCAGAGGGCGUGCCAGGGGGACCGGGUGAAGGUGCCAAGCCUAUGUGUUGGGGCCCCGAGUACAAAGACGCCAUCCAAGCCAGCAUCAAGGAGUUUGGAUUCAACAUGGUGGUUAGCGACAUGAUCUCCUUGGACCGGACAAUCAGUGACCUGCGGCACGAUGAGUGCAAGUACUGGCACUACGAUGAAAACCUCCUGACCAGCAGUGUGAUCAUCGUCUUCCACAACGAGGGCUGGUCCACGCUGAUGAGGACGGUGCACAGCGUCAUCAAGAGGACACCCAGGCGCUACCUGGCCGAGAUCGUGCUGAUCGAUGACUUCAGUAACAAAGCCCACCUGAAGGAGAGGUUGGAGGACUACAUCAAGCAGUGGAAUGGCCUGGUCAAGCUGUUUCGCAACGAGAGGAGAGAAGGCCUCAUCCAGGCACGGAGUAUCGGAGCCAAGAAGGCCACCGUCGGCCAGGUGUUGAUCUACCUGGAUGCUCACUGUGAAGUUGGCCCUAACUGGUAUGCCCCCCUCAUUGCGCCCAUCACAAAUGACAGAACGGUGUGUACGGUGCCCUUAAUAGAUUACAUAGACGGGAAUGAUUAUACCGUUGAGCCCCAGCAGGGUGGCGAUGAAGAUGGGUUUGCCAGAGGGGCCUGGGACUGGAGUAUGUUGUGGAAGCGGGUGCCGCUGAGCAGCAAGGAAAAGGCUAAACGAAAGCAUAAAACCGAAGCCUAUCGGUCCCCGGCCAUGGCGGGUGGCUUGUUUGCCAUCGAGAGAGACUUCUUCUUUGAGCUGAAACUCUACGACCCGGGCCUGCAGAUCUGGGGUGGAGAAAACUUUGAAAUCUCCUACAAGAUCUGGCAGUGUGGUGGGCAGCUGCUCUUCGUGCCCUGCUCCCGAGUGGGCCACAUAUACCGUCUGCAAGGGUGGCAAGGCAAUCCCCCUCCAGCUCACGUGGGCUCCUCCCCGACCUUAAAGAACUACGUUCGGGUUGUGGAGGUCUGGUGGGACGACUACAAGGACUACUUCUACGCGAGUCGGCCAGAAACGAAAGCUCUCGCCUACGGGGAUAUUUCUGAGCUGAAGACGUUCCGUGAGGAGCACAACUGCAAGAGCUUCAAGUGGUUCAUGGAGGAGAUCGCCUACGACGUCCCGCUGCACUACCCGCUGCCACCGAGAAACGUCGACUGGGGAGAGGUUCGGGGAUUUGAAACCAAUUACUGCAUCGACAGCAUGGGACGCACCAACGGUGGACAUCUGGAGAUGGGGCCUUGUCACCGGAUGGGAGGAAACCAGCUCUUCAGACUCAACGAAGCCAACCAGCUGAUGCAGUACGACCAGUGCCUGACCCGGCGGGCCGACGACUCCAAGGUCAUCAUCGCCCACUGCAAGCUGGACGAGUACAAAGAGUGGAAAUACUUCAAGGACUUGCACAGGUUCACCUACAUGCCCACCAGCCAGUGUUUGGACCGCUCGGAGGUCCUGCACCAGGUGUUCAUUGCGGACUGCGCCACCAGCAAAAGCACCCAGAAGUGGGAGAUGAACAACAUCCUGGCCGUCUAAGGGUGGGUGACCUCGAGGACCCCGGUGCCCCGUUGAGCUGCUGCCCACUUGUACAAAUGUAAAUAGCCUUCGAAUCGAAUGAAGGAGAGAACUGCGAGAGCACACCAUUUCCAAACUGUUUACAGAUGUUUGUUAAUUUCCCCUCCUUUAAGGUCUUAAUGGGGUUUCAUUUUCUUUUAGGCUGGGGGUGUCUAGAGGGGUUUCAGGGUUUAGAGGGGAAAUUUUUGCUCAGGGGGUCCGAAAAGCAUGUUGCUUUGUUCAAGUGGUGUAGAAAGAGUGGGUGUUGCAAUAAACCCCAAAAAGACACACAAGCAGCAGUCGACGUUGUGCCCACGGGGAGGGGGCACAGGGCUGCCAGCCCACCCGUUGUGUGUUUUCAAGUCCCAGAGAACUUUUGACCUGCAGUGACACUUCAUUGUGGUAUUUUCUUUGAGAGAAAGCACUACCACUGUUGCUAAUGCUGUGCAUUUUGUUUAAAGUAAAAGUCAAACUGACUAGGAGGUGAAAUAUAAA